GUCCCCUACCGCUCCAUCAGUUUCCAGCAGCCAAUCGCGGGAGCGCGGAGAGGAGACGAGUCACGAGACCCGCCGCGCGCUCGUCCUCCUCGCCGCCGAGCCCUCCCCGCGUCGUAGCCCCUACCAACUCCGCACCGUACGUAGCUCCUUUUAAAAACCUCGGCGGAUGGUUGGGCUUCCGCACCCUCACCACGUUCUCCUUGUUCUCGUCCUCCUCCCGCUCCUCGGUGCGAUCGAGAUGGCGGCAACCACCGCCACCGCGGCCGGUGGGUCCGACGAGGGAGGCCACGCGCUGCUGGGGCUCCUGCAACGCGUCCAGUCGGAGGCGCUGCGCGUGCUGGGGCCUAACGACUUCGACCCCAAGCUUUACGUCGACCUGCCGCUGGCGGCCGACGAGGGCGCCGCGGCGGCCGCGCUCGCGGCGCUGCCGCGCCCGGCUCCGUCGCGGGCGGAGCUGGAGGCGUUCCUGGCGCGGUACUUCGGGGCGGCCGGGUCCGACCUCGUGGCCGCCGACCCGCCGGACUUCCACGCCGACCCGCGCGGGUUCCUGCCCCGGGUGGAGAGCCGCGAGGCGCGGGCGUGGGCGCUGGAGGUGCACGCGCUCUGGAAGGACCUGGCGCGGCGGGUGGCGCCGGACGUCGCGACGCACCCGGAGCGGCACACGCUGCUGCCGCUGCCCGGCAGGGUCGUCGUGCCGGGCUCCAGGUUCCGGGAGGUCUACUACUGGGACUCCUACUGGGUCGUCAGGGGAUUACUGGUGAGCAAAAUGUACGACACGGCAAAGGAAAUCGUGCUUAAUCUUGUAUACCUGGUAGAAAAAUAUGGUUUUGUUCCGAACGGUGCAAGAUCGUACUACACUAACCGAAGUCAACCGCCACUUUUAAGCUCGAUGGUUUUAGACAUAUACAGGGAAACUGAUGAUUUGGGCUUUGUUAGGAGAGCAUUCCCCUCUCUGCUGAAAGAGCACAGCUUCUGGAUGUCAGAGAUUCAUAAUGUAGCUAUAAUGGACAAUCAUGGUCGGGUCCAUAAUUUGUCUCGGUACCAGGCAAUGUGGAACAAACCUAGGCCGGAAAGUGCAACAAUUGAUGAGGAACUGGCUUUGAAGCUUAAUUCUACAGCCGCUAAGGAAAAAUUGUACCACCAAGUUGCUUCAACAGCAGAAUCAGGAUGGGAUUUUAGCUCUCGAUGGAUGAGAAAUGCUACUGACAUGGCAACACUGGCAACAACUUUCAUUAUACCUGUGGACUUGAACACGUUCAUAUUCAAGAUGGAGCGCGACAUAGCUGUCUUUGCUAAACUCAUUGGAGAUAAUGCAACCUCAGAAAAUUUUUUAGAGGCUUCAAAAGCACGUCAUAUUGCAAUUGACUCUAUUUUAUGGAACUCCGAGAUGGAACAGUGGCUUGACUACUGGCUUCCUACUGAUGGAAAUUGCCAGGGAGUCUACCAAUGGAAGUCUAACUCACAGAACCGCAACAUAUUUGCUUCUAACUUCAUUCCGUUGUGGUUAAAUGCACACCAUUCAGGAUCGGUGCAAUUUGUCGACGAGGCAAAAUCAGAGAGAGUCAUGAGAAGCCUCCAAACAUCUGGAUUACUUCAUGUCGCAGGAAUAGCAACUUCCCUGUCAAACACAGGCCAACAAUGGGAUUUUCCGGAUGGAUGGGCCCCAUUGCAGCAUCUUAUAGCUGAGGGGUUGUUGAAUUCUGGUUCAGAGGAGGCGAGAAAGUUAGCUGAGGAUAUUGCUACGAGGUGGGUGAGAACAAACUAUGCCGCAUACAAAGCAACCGGCGCGAUGCAUGAGAAAUAUGAUGUGGAGGCCUGUGGAAAAUCUGGAGGAGGCGGUGAAUACAAACCCCAGACUGGUUUUGGUUGGUCCAACGGUGUGAUAUUGUCGUUCUUGGAAGAAUUCGGAUGGCCUGAGGACAAGGAGAUAGACUGCUCACGGCGGCGAAGUUAACCUUGCAGGAGUGGAAUCUGUCUAGGAAGGUUUACAACUACACAUACAUGGCUACGCUACGCGCGCGAGCGGUGUAACGCGCUGGGCAUUUGCACAUUGCAUACAUGCAAGCGUUUGCAUUACAUUCAGCAGUUCGGCAAGCGUUUCCCAAAUUUUCAGUAUGGAGGAUGUAGCAGAAUUAUGAGUUUGGGCAAGAUGCGGCAUGGCACACUCUUUGACCAGUGACGCAGUAUUGAUUAGCAUUGUAUAACAAUAAUACUCGGCACC